AUGUACCACCCCAAAGCCCUCAUCCUCGCCCUCCUCUUCUCUCUUUCGCUGAUCCUUGCCGCCAAGUCUAGCGAGCAGCUCCAGAUCGGCGUCAAGUAUGUCCCGGAGGAAUGCCCUCUGAAGACCAGAAAGGGCGACAAGUUGUCUAUGCACUACACUGGUACUUUGGCUAAGGACGGGAGCAAGUUUGACAGCUCUUUGGAUCGAAACCAGCCUUUCGAGUUUACUCUCGGUGCUGGACAGGUCAUCAAGGGAUGGGACCAAGGUCUUCUCGACAUGUGUAUCUCUGAGAAGCGUAAGCUCACCAUCCCCCACACCCUCGCUUAUGGCGAGCGAGGCCACCUCCCUGUGAUUCCUCCCAAGAGCACUCUUGUCUUUGAAGUUGAACUUUUAGGCAUCAAGAACCGACACGUUGACGAACUCUAA